AUGAGCGGCGGUACACUUAUGAACGGCGCCGAAGCUUGGAAGGCGGCACUCCUGCGGUUCGCGCGGAGCAGGCCGUUGAUUCGGGGACUUGAGAUCUACGGUCCGGUCCAGGAGGAGGAGACGCUUAGGUGGGGAGCUUGUGACCUGAGCUGGGUGGAAACGUCUGCAGCAACUCUCGAGCGUCUUCUGCUCGCGAAUGUUGCAGUCGCACAUGACAACACAGUGGACCAUGUCCAGCUGUCAACUCUCCGCAACCUGGUCAUGUCCAACUGUACUGCCAUCGUCGACGCCGACCCAACGCUCCGGCAACUCAUUGCAGCAGCUACGCCAACCGCCGACACCUUUCGUCGCUUCCUGUCCCGCAUGUCCAGCCUCCGUCAACUCGAGCUUUUCGACCACAAGUACCUCGCUGCGGACCUGGGGAUGCUCGGCCCAUCUGACCUGCGCCUGGCAAACCUCCGCACCGUCACAGUCGAGUACAAAGCCCUCGCUUGGAUUGUGCCCUGGCCGCACGAGCCGUUUCGCCUCUUUGGCGCACAAGUCGAGCAUUUGACCGUUGUCAAUGCUCGGAGAACGUUCCAACCUGUGGACCUGCACCUCGAAUGGUAUCUCGACGACACCUCGGCAUUAAAGACGCUCACCCUAGUCGGGACAGAGCUGUUUCCGCCGCCUCUGUAUCGGGCUGGCGUUCAGGAGAGAGUGGCGGCGAUGGUUGCCGAUGGGAAGGUCGUCAACGUUGAGCUAAGGUUCGUCACCCUGGACGAGUGGGUGUAUCAGCGGGUCGACAUGGCAGGGUUGAGCUGGGUUGCGGGACAAAGGCCGUCUAGAUAG